AUGGCCAAGGCACGUACCAAGAAGCGCACUCAUGUUCGAGCGCAAAAUGCCUCGGCCAGUGCCAAAGGCAGUGGUUCGUCCAUGAACAAAUCCCCGAAGUCUAUGGUCCUCCGAGUCGGUGCUUCGCAGGUCGGAUCCAGCGUCAGCCAGCUGGUUAAAGAUGUUCGUUUGAUGAUGGAGCCUGAGACGGCUGUGCGAUUGAAGGAACGCAAAUCCAACAGAUUGAGAGAUUAUACAGCAAUGACAGGACCUCUCGGUGUCACACAUCUUAUGCUCUUCUCAAAGUCCGCUACUGGAAAUACGAAUAUGCGUUUAGCCCUCACUCCCCGAGGCCCGACUCUUCACUUCAAGGUUGAGAACUAUUCUCUGUGUAGAGAUGUUGAGAGAGCAUUGAAGCGCCCAAGAGGUGGAGGUCAAGACCACAAAACGCCUCCUCUGUUGGUUAUGAACAACUUCAACUCCCCAAACGCAGACGAGAAUUCAAAAGUACCCAAGCGUCUGGAAGGCCUGACCACAACCAUUUUCCAAUCCCUCUUCCCGCCGAUCAACCCUCAAGCUACACCUCUCACUUCCAUCCGCCGUGUCAUGUGUCUGAACCGAGAACUGUCCUCUGAGGGAGAGGAAGAGGACUCAUAUGUCUUGAACCUCAGACACUAUGCUAUCAGCACGAGGAAGACCGGUGUGCCAAAGCGAAUUCGUCGUCUUGACCCCAAGGAGAUCCGAAACAAGGAAAAGAAGAAAUCCGCUGUUCCCAAUCUGGGGAAGCUAGAGGAUGCUGCAGAGUACUUGCUCGAUCCAUCAGCUGCUGGUUAUACUUCGGCUAGUGAAACUGAACUGGACACGGAUAACGAGGUCGAGGUUACGGAGAGCACAACAAAGAAAGUUCUGAACAAGCGGGAGCUGCAACGCAUGAAAGCGGAGGAUAAAGAGAAGGCCCAGAAGAAAAUCAACAGCGCCCCAGAAGUUGAGAAGCGGGCAGUCAAGCUGGUCGAAUUGGGACCGCGCAUGAAACUUCGACUAAUCAAGGUUGAAGAGGGACUGUGCGAUGGAAAGGUGAUGUGGCACGAUUUUAUCAACAAGUCUGAAGAGGAAGUUAAGUCUUUGGAAAAGAACUGGGAUAAGAAGAAGAAGGAGAAGGCGGCUAGGAAGAAGCUGCAAAGGGAGAACGUCGAGAAGAAGAAGCAGGAGAAGGCCAAGGCCAGAUCCGAAGGGAAGGGAGGCGAAAACGAUGAUGAGGACGAUGAUGAUGUUGAUAUGGAUGACGAUGAAGCUUGGCUCAGCGAUGACUUUGAUGAGGAGGAAGCCGAGAACAAGGAGGAUGAAGUGGAGGACAGCGACGAGUCGAUGGAGGAAUAA